CAAUAACACGUUUCUAUUUACAACAUGAAGGAAAAAAAGGAUAGUUCGAUAGAAGUUCUCGUUCCCGUUGUACUUGUGUCCACGUGCGUUCUGGCCAUUAUCUUCAACUCGCUAGUGCUUCUCGUGUUGAGAUGCUCCCCACGGAUGCGGCAGGCCAGUUCAAACAAUCUCGUCUUCAGUUUAGCCCUUGCUGACCUUUUUCAUGUUGUCACCUAUACACCGACGAAGAUCAUUCAGUUUCGUUACCGCAAUGGCUGGGUUUGGGGAAACUGGGCCUGCCGUGCGACGAUUUAUUUCAAGGACAUGUCUCUUAGCAUUACACAGUACACGCUUGUGCUUAUGGCGCUAAACAGGUAUCUGGCGGUCACGUUACCUUCGCAUAGUUUGACUCGAGCGUUGCACCGACACUCGAACGCAGCGGCUCUCGCCAUUUGGUUUCUGAUGCCGAUCGCGAACUCGCCUAGCUUUUUCCUCUAUGGAGUUGGAGAAUAUGUACCGAACAAAGGCUUCCCGGAUGUCGUUCUCACAGUCUGCACGUUCAACUAUCUUGAUACUUUCUUCACGUAUCAGCUUGUACUUUUUGUGCUUUUCUAUGCUGUGCCCGUGGCGCUCAUAUCGGGAUUCUACGUACUCUUAGCAAUGGCCCUCCGCGACCAGCUAGCGAACGGCGGCCAGGAGACGCCACAAGUGACAAAAGCAGCUCGAAUUGUUGUUGGCUUCGUCGUUUCCUUCGUAGUCCUAUCAACUCCUCUUCAUGUAAUGGCGCUUUGUUUCUCGGCCGCUCUCCUCCCCAACCAACCCUGGGUCCCAGUGAUGUGGCUAGUCUUUCAGGCACUGGCACAACUAAAUUGUGUCGUCGACCCCCUACUAUUCACCUUUAUGAAUACUUCGUUCCGCAAAGAAAUCCGUCGUUUGUUGUGCCGACGUCGACGUGUACAAGAGUGUAGAUGUGAACGCUGUGACGACCUUCCCUUUACCGAAACGGUGGCUAUUACGUCGAUCACACGCGUUGACGUGUCCUAAGUUCUUGGUUUGGAAGCUCUCAACAUUGAUACCCAAACGUUGCCCACAACGCGAUGGCAUUGCUAACUGAAAAUUUAAGGAAAAAGUGACGUCGCUCAAUCUGGGAUAGAAUCAACUACAAAAAAUUCUGUCUGUAUCUGCAGUACUCGCUGCGUCAUGAACCCACUAUGUAUAUAGUGAUUCUUCAAAGUUCACUGGCCAUUGAAGCAAAUCUAACUGCCUAUGACGACUAUGGAUUUUCCAUGAUUUGUACCGAUACUGUUAAUGGGUACGGAGAAUUAAGGAUCUUAAAAGCAAAGAAUUAUCGUUAAGGAAAUUGAGUUCGAUUAUCACGAACCGCUCCAGCAGGUCAGAUGGAGAAGGCCAUCUUGGUUUGAAGACGACGCAAUCUGACGUAACUUUAAUAAAAACUU